CCCUCUCACUCGUCCCGUGCCUCUGCAGUGGCUCAUUCUUUCCUGCGUCGGCUACAGACACACACCGCCCCCCUCCACCCCUCCUCUGGCCACUCAUCCCAGCAUGCAGCACCUAUUCAGGGGUAAGACCGACAGUCUCUUCCCCAGACUGAAAGUGGAGCUCUGCGCUGCAGCUGCCGCUGAAUGAAUGCAGUGUUUCCUGCGUCUACAACCGCGCUGAGUGAGACAGAGUAUCAGCGAGACACUGCCGGCAACUGAGAGCCACUGAUCUGAAGCUCAAGCAACGGAUCAGGUGCUGCCUCCGUAUCUCUCACUCUCUAGUUCCCUCUCCCUCCCUUACUGGGACAUACUGCAAAGGAGGAUCGAGGACAGGGAGGUACUCCGCAAGACUUCCCCAUCUGAAAGUCUGAUUUUGUGUCGGGUCCCGUGUGGCCCCUCAAGCCCUACAGUAUCCCACUGAAGACAAACAGCGGAGGACUUGACCAGGGACAGACAGACAGGCACAAGUGGGCAGACGGUCUGGCAUGGAGUUGCAAGACAGAAGAUCAUUCCUGCACAGGUGUGCACGGUCCGGCGAUGCAGUCCACGCCGGUCUGGUCGUCACACUUCUGAUUGGAGUGUGGUACGCUCAGGCACUGGAGGUGAAUACAGGGAAGGUCCAUUUUAUAGAAGUGAUGAAUGGAAGUUCAGUGCUCUUACCCUGCACUUACGCCAGCUGCAUCGGCAUUAGAAACCUUUACUUCAACUGGCAGUUCAAAGACAAUGGGACAUUGAUUAAGCUCUGUGAGGCCAUCAUCCCUGCAGAAGGAGUAGAACCAAAUGUGAAAAUCUAUCAUGAGCGGGUGGAGUUUGUCGGCUCUAGCAAACAGAAUAACAUCUCCAUCUUACUGCAUAACGUCACCUUCGAGGACCAAGGAGAGUACAUCUGCUUUGCCCGCAACCCCAAAGAGAAGGAACGCAACCAUAGUGCAAUUUUCACUCUUUUUGUGGUGGACGAAUUGAAAGAGGUGGACAACACACUGACCCUCAUCAUUGUGUCCGUGCUUGGCGGAGUCAUAGGUCUGAUCAUUCUCAUAAUGGUGGUGAAAGCUGUAGUCCUCGCCGUUCUAAACAAGGUCCAGGAGAAGAAUAAAGAGUGCCUUGUGAGUUCUUCAGGGAAUGACAAUACAGAAAACGGCCUCCCGGGAUCCAAAGCAGACAGCAAACCGACACCAAAGGCAUGAAAAGAACAUGUGUGUGUACAUAUAUGAGCAUAUGUAUACAUGCAUACAUAAUCAUAACAGAAUGAAAGAAAGUCAUAACAAUGGACAGUUUUAUUCUCUUUAUCUCAUGACAAAAAAAAUGCUACAUUUAAAUAUGUGGAAAUAUAUAUUUUAGAUUGUGUUUGAGGAAAAAUACAAAGUGCUGCAGGCUGGAUCACACACCCUUUGCUGGACUGAAAUGGCAUAAAAAAUAUUCAGAAAGCAGAUGAUGGGAGACGCUUCGGUGUGCUUGCAUUCUGCUCUUGUCUGUGAGACACAGCACACACACACUGCCUUCUUCACAAACUGCCAUAUCCUUUCAAUGCUCGACAGCACAAGACCCACAUAACAAAAUGUUUGCGAUAAACUUCCAGUGCAACUUUACACAUCUUCACACUGCAUUCCAAACGAUCCCGAGGUGGAAUCACUCACAAGAUGACAAGUCAGUAACAAAGCAAACACAGAAACGGAAACACCUUUCUGGAAAAUACUAAAAAACUUACACAUUUAAAACCAAGGGUGCCUCUUCAAAUUGGAAUAUGUUUACCACCAAUUCAAGCAGCUAAUCUAGUCUGAUUAUUAACCACUCCCACUAAUUUUACAAGUGAUUUUGAGGUCAUAAAGAGCAGGAUGCUAGUGCACUUGAAGGCCAGAAACACACUCUACGCAAUAGCACCCCUUGUGGCAAUGCUGAUAUUACAACACAUACAUUCUGACAUACUUUGUGUGUGAAAAUAAAGUUGUGCAGAGUGUUUUUCAUGGCUAAAGCAUUGUUUAGAAGGAAGUAAAAGGACGUACCAGAGAUGCAGAUAAGGUGUGUAUAUCCAGCAUCCAGCCCAGCACGGUUUAUUUUAUUUAUUUAUUUUUCAGUUUUUUCUGCUUUAGAUAAAACACAGGUGCCUGUAAACGCUUCAAGCUCCACAUGCUUCCUGGGAGCCUUCAAAUGCUCUAUAAAUAAGUUAAUUAAACAAUGCUCACAUAAAAAAAAAAAAAAAAAAAAAAAGACAAAAAAAAAAAUCCUAGAAAAUAAACAUUAAAAUAUAAAGACAAUCCCCAGAAACCAACUCCCUGUAGAAAAUGAAUGAUCUUCUGAUGCUGCUUUCAAUAACCAAUUAACUUUUCCUAAUGCAUGUGAAUGAUUUUAUACAGUACAUCUAGUGUACUAUGUAUCCAUUUCUCCGAAUCGUGUUCUCCUGUCUCUUCUCACAUGAUUGAUCAAUCUGUGCUUGUUGUAUAUAACAACAUCACAGUUCAUCUUGUACGUAUCCAACAUACAGGCAUAAAGGGCCACUGUAGUUAACUGGUAAGCUUAUCAUGACACCCAGACUUCACAGGACACGAUAUUGUUGCUAACUACUAAUGUUGACAUUUGGCAUUCGAACUAGCAAGCUAGCAACUUCAGUGUGCUAAACUGCACCAAUCCUCACAGAUGCUGUGCUAUGUUUGCAUAUCAUCGUACAAAGACACAAGACUUCUGUGACAAAUUAUAAUAAAUAGUAAUACCUCACAUGCCUCUCAAUAGCUAAUUACAGUGCACAUGUAACUAGCAUUAGCAUAAACCUCUAAAAUCUUCUCAUAGAUCAGAUUAGCUUGAUGCUAAUUCAAGAAAACACACAAAUGGUGGAAAAUACUAGUGGGAUUUUGUUUGUUAGACGUUCUGGAGCUGCAAAGCGAACUCUUUGUUUAUUAAAACAAACCAACUUUCCAAAUCUUUCAGUAAUUAUUUAAGAUUCAAGUGCCAAAACAGAACUGCUAGUGGGACGGUGGAUUAUUUACUGUUGCUUCCAUCUUGUUUUGUUUGUCUUCCUCUUUCCUUUCGUAUCGGAAACCCCAUGAAUGCACAAUGCUUGUUCAUAUCCAUAUCUGGCUUAAGUAUAAAUGUAUUGACAAAUUCAUAACAUGCGAUGAAUGUCACUUUGCGAUAAUGCCGCAAAAAAUGCAAUGAAACCCUAGUCUUCCGCCAUAACCCAAAGAUGAAUGUACGCAGUGGUUGUAGUUAUGGCAGAGUUCAGAGGGGUCGUUUCUGGGCACUUUAUUCAUAAAAAUAUACGUAACAGUGUUUUGAAUGCUCAUUGUAUAUGUAGAGCGAAGUACGAACGAUGUGGAAUUUAUCGCAGGAUAUUUGAAUAUGUAGUUGAAUAGCUGCUGUGGUGAUAUUAAGAAUAGCGGAACAGGAAUAAUCUGUCUCUUUGAAUGGCUAUAUCUCUUGUAUGUGCACAUAUUAGCAGUCUUCCAAAUCACUUGACUCUCUUUUAGAAAUCAGGGGCUUCGGCAAUCUCAACUGUUUGGGAUUCUUUGACAGAGCGGUAUGAAAUCCUAGCUUGAAAUUCAAGUAUUUAACAAAAUUUUCAUUGAAUUCCUUUGAACUGCAUCCAUAAAUGUGUGUUAAAAUCAGCCGUGCUUUGGAGAAAGGGUUUGGUGCCGCUCUGUCUGUCAGAUGCACUGUACAGUAAUGUGGUUAGCGUUGAGUGUCCUAACUGUUGUCGAGCUGUUCACAUUGCCUCUUUGAUUCAUUUAUGGCAGAAUGUUUUCCCAUGUUAUGCUUCUUACAGCUUGUUGCCUUUUGUCAUUUGCAGCUAGUGUUUUUAUGACGAAACGAUCACAUAAACAAGGAGAUUACGUAGAUCAGCAAUACUGUAAAAAAAAAAAAAAGAAAGGAAAAUGUAAAAAAAAAAAAAAAAAAAAGUUAAUACAUGAGUGCCUAGGCUCUUGAGAAUGGACUGUUGUAUGCAAAUGGGCAACUUUAACUUUUAUUAGAGCUUUAUUUUGCUAUUUUUAGCUAUUAUGUUAACCUAAUUCCUCUUCUGCUUUGCAUAUGUAUUAUUAUUUAUUUUAUUUUUUUCUAAAUGUUUAGCUUAUUUGAAUCAGAUGUUUAAUGAUAAUGAAAUUGUGGGGUGGUUCUCAAUCGGUUUUUCUUUGCAUUGAUAUAAAGUGGCGUAAAUCAUAAUGCUUUCAGAAUCAUUUAUUGAAAUUUCGAAAUAUUUCCAUGAACUGGAAACUCCAGAUAUAGUAUUUAAUGCAGUUUUGUUCAUGGUUUCAAAAGUCGCCUAACCUGUCCAUAUUGGAAUCUGUCUUACUAAAUUGGCAGGUAAAGAUUUGCCAAAAUGCCACAGAAUUCUUUGCUUGAUCCUGUUUUGGUAUAAUAACGCAUUUAGCAGUAUUUUUCAUUCCGUCUGUGCUGUAAAAAACGGACCUGCAAUCCAUUUUUGGUUGGCAGCCAGUUGAGAACCACUGGUGUAAUGUGUAGCUGUAUAGACACAUAGAUAUUUUAGUCUGGUUGUUUAUGUGUGCUGGAAUGUUUGGCUCAGAUCAUCCAUCUCUGGGCUCGGUUAGUAAUGUCUGGGCGGGCGAAACCAGACUGCAUAGCUGCAGUGUUGCAGUACAAAACCGCAUCCUAAGAGUGCAGCACUGAGCCAUGAAUCUGCACACGUCAGGCUGUGUUUCUCUUUGGAUCUGAAGGGUUAUAGCAGGGAAAACUGAAGGGAUAUGUCUGAUUUCUGUCAUAAAAAAGCAAAAUCUUUCAAACCGGCCAACAUAUUACGUAGUAUUAAGUUCUUUACACUGGAAGGCUGUAUAAAUUCAACCUACUUUAAUGCAUGUCACAUGUUACAACUACUAAUUUAAGGUAAAUAUCUACAGCUGCAUUUUCAGGCAGGCUGCUUGAUCUUGGUAGAAAGAAAAUUUGAGAUAUGAAAUAUAAAAUGUGCUUUAUAUGCACAAUUUUUCCUCUCUAUUUUGCGGUGAGAAUUUGUUCUACUGUACUUGCGUGGGAUGUCCAAAACCACUUGCACUCUUUUAAAAUUCUUGUACUAUAUUCAUUUGAGAGUUUGGCUCUCUCCGAUCUGAUCCCAUUCAGGAACAGAUUGACCUUUUGUAAAGUAGACUUACAAAAUAAUGGAUUUCAAAAAAACUGGAUUUCACUGCCUGGGUGACUCACUCUCACUGCCAAGCCAAGAGAGUGUGAGGACUGCUAUAUGCUCCAACACAUUCCAAGACGCUCUGUCUCCCUCUAGUGGAUUUUAAGACUUCCAACAUUUUUAAAUAAUCAAGGAUUCUAGUCACACGGCUAUGUUUGGAAUGGCAAAUUAGUAUACUGCUUACUGCAUACUGCGCAGUGCAGAUUGAAUAUUGUCUGUGUUCAAAAAAAAAAAUAGUAUGCAGAACAGUAUGUAAUAUGCUUAAAUUUUCUUACAUUUAAUUCAUUAAAUAAAUAAAACAUAAUAAAUAAUAAACAAAGCAUGUAUUUUUCAUUUUUAAUCCAAUUUUAUGUAAAAACUACCAGAAAUAAUUCCAGGAAAAUCAAUCCCACCGAAAAUGGAAGGGUGGAAGAACAUGGAAGAACAUGCAUCAUGUUGUGCACAUUGCAUUGUGGGGUACCACAUUCUAUCUACGCUAUGUGCUCUGCUGUAUACAGUGGUAUUUUAGUGUUAUGUCCCGUUAGUGUAUUUAUUUCAAAACAAUUUUGAAUUAAAAAUGCAAAAAGCUAAUUUUAUAUGUUCAGUUUUCAUCAGUGUUGAGCAAGUCUGCGGUUUUGCAGUGGAAUGGGGGUUUCUUUUUCAGUCAGCGGAUUACAGAGAUCUCAAAGUGUCCUUCAAGGGAGGGGAAAACCACGGGGAACACACAAACACAGUUUUGAUUAGUAAUUGGGCUGCUUUUGUUUCGUAGACCUGGCAACCCUGUUUAUAUAUAUAUAUAUAUAUAUAUAUAUAUAUAUAUAUAUAUAUAUAUAUAUAUAUAUAUAUAAUCUGCUUUUGUCUUUUUUUUUUUUUUUUUUUGUAAUAGUUGUUGUUUUAAAUCAUUCCAUUUAGAUUUUAUUUAAUUUAUUUUUGUUUUUGAUUUAUUACAUUUGAAUCAUUUUAGUACUUAAGCUUUAAUUUAAUUCAGUUAUUUGCUAAGUGAUUUCUUCUUUUCAAGCUUAAGUAUUCCAUCUAAUACUUUAUAAGUUAUUUUAUUUCAGCUUUAUUUAAAUAAUUUUAUAUAUAUAUAUAUAUAUAUAUAUAUAUAUAUAUAUAUAUAUAUAUAUAUAUAUA